UUUUUUCUCGCUGUUACUUCCUCUGUUCACUUUUGUUGUUGUUUAACGUCAAAUUAUUCAUAAUAAUUAAAAAUUAUCAGCUCUGAGUCGUCAGAGAAGUGAUUCAAAUUAUCUGAGUUUAGUUGCUUGUUUAACUCACAAGCGUUAAUAUCGGCGUGAAAUUGUGAAUAUUAACGAAAAUGAAAGUUUUUUCAAUUUUCUUACUUCUCAUCCUGACAAUAACCCUAUUCAUGUCCAUUGCUCAGGCUCAGGCGUUGUGUGAUUGUAACUUCAAAACUAAAGAGGAAAUUUGCGGUUCGAAUGGCGUUACCUACAAAAAUCGCUGCGAAUUUGAAUGCACGCAACGUGAUUAUAAGAAAUUGCAACGCACUUUGAAUGUCGCCAAAAUGGGCCACUGUUAAGGAUGGCAUUCCGCGACACAGUAGACAGUGCUUUAAAUAAAAUGAUUUCUAAAUGAAUUCCUUUCAUAUAUGUCAAUGUUUCUUACGUCAUAAGUAAAUGUUUAGUAAAAAAUUUUUAAUUUAAAAAAAAUUUAAAUGUUUUCAUUUUUACGAACUUAAUUAGUAAUUCAAUGAUUGUGUGAGAUUCGGUUUUGUGCGCGGUAGCCUUGAUAGCAUAUUUAGAAGUCGUAAAUUUUAUAUAUUGCGUUGAAUUCAAAUACGAUUUAAUUUAAAUUUGAAUUUUAACAUAUUUUUUUGAUGCCCCUACUACUUGUGCCUUCUCUAACC